GAAAAGCCAUAUUCCUGUCCUGAGUGCGGGAAAUGUUUUUUCAGUAAAGUCCAUCUUUACAGACAUCAGAGAUCUCACACGGAGAAGCCGUAUUCCUGUUCUGAGUGCGGGAAAAAUGUUUUUCAAAAAAGUCAAAGUCUUUACACACAUCAGAGAUCUCACACGGGGGAGAAGCCAUAUUCCUGUCCUGAGUGGGGGAAAUGUUUUUCACAGAAGUCCAAUCUUUACACACAUCAGAGAUCUCACACGGGGGAGAAGCCGUAUUCCUGUCCUGAGUGCGGGAAAUGUUUUUUCAGAAAGUCCAUCUUUUACACACAUCAGAGAUCUCACACAGGGGAGAAGCCGUAUUCCUGUCCUGAGUGCGGGAAAUGUUUCCGUUUUAAGUCCAGUCUUAAUGUGCAUAAAAGUUCUCACACGGGGAGAAGCCGUAUUCCUGUCCUGAGUGCGGGAAAUGUUUUUUCAACAAGUCUUAUCUUUCCAGACAUCAGAAAUCUCAAAACGGGGAGAAGCCAAUUUCCUGCUCUGAGUGUGGGAAAUAUUUAA